AUGACUCCAACAGCAUCCUUUGCCGGCCAUAAUGCUGGAUUCCAGGUUGGUCAAAACACUGGUCAGAUCCACAAUUACUUCAACCAGACCGAUGAUUCGAAGGCCACUAAUCCUGAGCUUGAUAAGAAGCGAAUCGAAGAAGAAAAGGGUGGCCUUCUUCAAGACUCAUACCGCUGGGUGCUCAACCAUGAAGAUUUUCAAAGGUGGAGGGAUGUUCCUGACGGUCAGUUGCUGUGGAUCAAGGGUGAUCCUGGAAAGGGCAAGACAAUGUUGAUCUGCGGGAUUAUUGAUGAGCUUUCUAAGACCAUCGAAGACAAUAUCAAUAUUGCCUACUUUUUCUGCCAAGCCAACAACAGUCGAAUCAACAGUGCUACAGCAGUUCUGCGAGGACUUAUUUAUAUGCUCGGGAAGCAACAGCCUUCACUUUACACCUAUAUUCCUACAAGGUUCCUUGACAACGAGAAUGGGUGGUUCGAACUCUGUGACGUUUUUCGGGAUAUACUCAAGGAUUCGGCCAUUAGAAGCACUUACCUAAUAAUUGACGCACUCGAUGAGUGCACAAUCGAUCAAGAAAGGCUUCUUAGAUUUCUUAAAGAACACUCAUCAAGUCAUCCACGGGUGAAAUGGAUUGUGUCGAGCCGUAACUGGCCAAGCAUUGAGAAAUAUCUCGACAGUACAACCGGAAUCAGACUUCAGCUUGAGCUCAAUGAACACAAUUUAUCUGCUGCUGUUGACCUCUUUGUCAAGUACAAAGUGGAUGAAUUAUCGAAGAGGAACAAAUACCGUAUGGAAAAAAGAAAGAUUGUUAAGGAUCACUUAACAGCAAAUGCAAAAGGGACCUUUCUCUGGGUAGCCUUGGUUUGCAAGCAAUUAGAAAAUGUUCCAGAAAGACAUCUACAGAAAAAGCUCAAAGAAUUUCCUCCCGGGCUCGAUGAGUUCUAUCAGCGAAUGUUCUGUAUUAUUAGUAGCCUAAAUGAUGACGCUGAGCUUUGCAUGUCUUUACUUGGAAUUAUCACGACUGUCUAUCGACCGAUUACAUUAGACGAGUUACUGUCCUAUCUCAAAUCACAAGACGAAAUCACUGGCGAUGGUGAGCUGCAGGAUAUUGUAAGGCUUUGUGGCUCUUUUCUCGUUCUUCGAGAACGCACAAUCUCCUUGGUGCAUCAGUCCGCUCAAGACUUUCUCCUAAAUCGGGUAUCUCAAAAAAUUUAUCCUAAUGGAGCCCAAGAGAUACACUAUUCUAUCUUCUCGCAGUCUUUGCAAGCCCUUCACACAACAUUGCGACGCGAUAUAUACAACCUCGGUGAUCCCGCAUUUCCUAUGAGUCAGGUUAAACCGCCAGACCCGGACCCUCUAGCUACAGUGCGAUAUGCAUGUGUAUACUGGGUAGAUCAUCUUUAUAACUAUUUUCGGAGCAAGGAGAAUGAACCACUUGAGGAUGCUACUUUGCUUGAAGAUUUCUUAUGUCAGGACUUGGUUUAUUGGCUUGAAGCUCUUAGCCUGUCGAGAAGCCUAUCAGAAGGAGCUGUGUUGAUGCUGAAGCUUGAAGGGUUGUUAAAGACAAGAACACAGAAUAAACAGUUAACUGACAGGGUUCAAGAUGCAUACCGAUUCAUUCUCUAUCAUAAAGCAAUGAUAGAGAAAUAUCCACUCCAAGUACACAGUUCAGCAUUAGUCUUUAGCCCUCGGAGCAGCAUAACAAGGAAUCAAUAUGAGCAACCAGACUGGAUAAUUGGUAUAGCAAAUCUUGAAGAAAGCUGGGGUGCUUGCCUGCAGACCCUCGAGGGCCAUAAUGGUUCGGUCAACUCUGUAGUCUUCUCGCCUGACUCCCAGCGGCUCGCCUCUGCCUCCAGCGACGAGACCGUCAAGGUGUGGGAUACCAGCAGCGGGCAGUGCCUGCACACCCUGGAGGGUUAUAAUAGUUCGGUCAACUCUGUAGUCUUCUCGCCUGACUCCCAGCAGCUCACCUCUACCUCCUUCGACGAGACCGUUAAGGUGUGGGAUGCCAGCAGCGGGCAGUGCCUGCACACCCUGGAGGGUCAUAAUGGUUUGGUUAGCUCUGUAGUCUUCUCGCCUGACUCCCAGCGGCUCGCCUCUGCCUCCGUCGACGAGACCGUCAAGGUGUGGGAUUCCAGCAGCGGGCAGUGCCUGAACACCCUGGAGGGUCAUAAUGGUUCGGUUAUUUCUGUAGUUUUCUCGCCUGACUCCCAGUGGCUCGCCUCUGCCUCCGGCGACGAGACGGUUAAGGUGUGGGAUACCAGCAGCGGGCAGUGCCUGCACACCCUGGAGGGUCAUAAUGGUUGGGCUCGCCUCUGCCUCCGCGACGAGACGUCAAGGUUGGGAUACCAGCACGGGCAGUGCCUGCACACCCUGGAGGGUCAUAAUGGUUGGGUCAGCUCUGUAGUCUUCUCGCCUAACUCCCAGCGGCUCGCCUCUGCCUCCUUCGACAAGACCGUCAAGGUGUGGGAUUCCAGCAGCGGGCAGUGCCUGAACACCCUGGAGGGUCAUAAUGGUUCGGUUAUUUCUGUAGUUUUCUCGCCUGACUCCCAGUGGCUCGCCUCUGCCUCCGGCGACGAGACGGUCAAGCGGCUCGCCUCUGCCUCCAGCGACCAGACUGUUAAGGUGUGGGAUGCCAGCAGCGGGCAGUGCCUGCACAUCCUCGAAGGUCAUAAUGGUUCAGUCUACUCUGUGGUCUUCUCUCCUGACUCACAGCAGCUCGCCUCUGCCUCCUACGACGAGACUGCUAAGGUGUGGGAUUCCAGCAGCGGGCAAUGCCUGCACACCCUCGACGGAUCAGAUUAUCUUUACAUUCAGGAUCGAUACCCUCUGAAGCAGAUCCUGAAGCACUGUGUUCUCAAGGGAUUGGUAUAA